UUGGGCUGAAGUAUAUCAGCCCCACUGAGGGGCCCAUAACUUUUGGAAAAAACACACAGGAAAGUAGAGAGCAAAUUCUAGGAUGGAUAUCCUAAAGGACAGCAACUUGGGCAUCACACAAGAGACAGUUAAUCCAACUAAAGAACCUGUGCAAAUCAUUGCCAAGGCUGGGAUAGGGGACAGUAACUCGGCUUCCUGCCUAGGCUGCAGUGUAUUUGUGGACCAGACCAAGAUCCCCAAAUUGAAUGAUCAUCAGGACUCUCAUGAACAGUUCCUUGGCAAGUCUAUGAAAGAGCUGAAGAAGCUAGCAAGGGAAGGAUGUUGGGCUAGAAGCCAUACCCUGAGGGCAAAGGCUUACCAGCACAUUAUCCAAGAUAUACCAUGCCGGUUAAUGACGCCUGAUGCCUUCGUCUACAGUGACGUUGCCAGCACGUUAUUUGGAAACCAGAGUGAAAGCUUCGAUCCCUUGCCUGAAUUCCUGGCAGGAAGCAUCAUGCCCGAAUACUGCCUCACCCCAGAAGGGAUAACUGCUCUGAAGAAAAUACUUAUCUGCAUUUCCAAUUUAUACCCUGAUAUCACUUACUGUCCUUUCCUCCCAGCUGUGACUGCCCUGGUGCUCCAUUAUAGCCAAGACGAAGCCCAAUGCUUUGAGCUUACUUGCCGACUCCUCUACUCCAAGGCUCCCCACACCACCUAUAUAGAUCAUUCCUUCCUGGCUCAUGAGGCCUCCUGUAUGACCUUUGGGGACUUAGCCAAUAAGCACUGCCCAGCUGCCCACCAACUGAUAGCAAGUUCAUCAGACAACAUCUUUGAGGUGUACUCUGAGUGGCUGGUGUGGCUCUUUGAUGAUCUUCCCUUUAAUUAUGUCAUUCGCAUUUUUGAUGUGUAUCUCCUGGAGGGGCAAAAAGUCCUCUACCGCAUUGCUCUGGCACUGCUGAGGCAAUACCGGCUCUUUGUGACAUCAAGAAGACAAGAGGUGGUUGACAUCAAGGGAAGCUUACACACUUUCCUGUGGGACAUUCAUGAAUAUUUGGCGGCUGACAAGCUUUUAGAGAAAGCAUUUGGCAUCCGACUUUUCUCCCGCAAAGAAAUCUGGCUUCUUCAAAUGGCUAACAGGAAGGCUCUGGUGGAUAAAGGAGUAACAAUGGUGCAGCACAGACAACCAUUCCACCUCAUUGUGAAUGCACAUAAUUUUACUUCCACCAUCGUUACGGCUCAGGAAAUGCGGAUUGUGUGGUCCUGGAUCCCAGAACGAUUUUCUCUGUACUCACCUGUUCUCUUAUUCUCAACGUCUGAAGAUGGAUACAGUUUGCAAAGGUUUUAUUCCUGCUGUGAGGGCUACGAACCAACAUUACUGUUGUUAAAAAACACACUGGGAGAAGUGUGUGGAGCAUUUCUUUCCUCUGACUGGAAUGAAAGGAAAAAAAGUGGAGGAGCAACAAGCUUCUUUGGCACAGGAGAAUGCUUUAUUUUUACAGUGCAUCCUGAAAUGGAGCGGUAUGAAUGGGUGUUCAUCAAGAAGCCAGAACAAGCUAAAGCUCUACCUCGUCCCCAACGCCAGCGUUCACCGUCUCCCUUUUCUUUGGAGAGUCACAGAACAACCAGCUCAAACCACCUCACUGUACCAAAGUUAGAGACAAUUAAAUACCGUCUCUCUCCCUUCCUGGCAAUUAGACACUUCAAGUUGCCUUCCAAAACAGCCUCCAUGUUUAUGUCUGGAAGCCAGGAAGGUAUUAUCAUAGGGGGAGGUGGAGGCCAGGCUCUAUAUAUUGAUGCUAAUCUGAAUCAUGGAAGAACAGAACACUGUGAAACAUUUGACAACCCUCCUCUCUGCCAGCAAAACUUCCAGGUGCAGCUACUAGAAGUUUGGGGAUUUCAAAACUCCUGAUCUUCCCUUUCCAUAUGAUGGAAACUUUUGACUGAGAUUCCCCUCCAAAUCACCGCAUGUCAUCAGGUGUUGACUGAGAGUUGGAUAUGCAAGGAGCAGGAAUAGAUCUUUAAAAAUUCUGGGUAAUUGUCCAUUAGUACAGUCUUUUUGGCCAGAAUCUCUGGAGCAUAACAAAAGAUAUUAGAUAAUUUAUAUUUACCUGCAACUGUUCUACUUGGACUUUUGAAAGGAUUAAUUUUGAAAAAAAAAAUGGAAUUGCCAUUGAUUAUAUGCCUGCUUAUUCUGAUUAUUAGACAAAACAUAUGAAGCCAGAGAAAGCCAGUUUGGUGUAGUGGUUAAGACAUCAGGCUAGCAACCGGGAGACUGUGAAUUCUAGUCCUGCCUUAGGCACGAAGCCAGCUGGGGGACCUUGGGCCGUAUUCCUCUAAGAUUUGUUUUAUUUACCCCCAUCACUAUCCACAGACUCUCAGAGCCAAAUGGUAAUCAACAGUAUGAUAAAAAUACAAUAAUACUGUGAGCCACUUUGGUGUAGUGGUUAAGGCACUAGGCUAGAAACUGGGAGACCAUGAGUUCUAGUCCCAUCUUGGACACAAAGCCAGCUGGGUGAUCUUGGGCCAGUCACUUUCACUCA